AUGACUUUCUUCUCAACCAAUGUCUUUCUGAUCUUGCUUUCGCACCUUUUCGACUUGCCCUUGUCACUAAAUUUCCUGAACUUAUCUUAUAUUGAUAGUUUGUUUAGCCCUGAUUUGUUACCCUCAUUUAAUUAUCACAAAUACCUAUCCUGUUAAUCCUCCUUAUCUUCAUUAUUCUUUAUUUACACAAAUUCCGACUCUUUUUGUCCCACUUUUCCGGUAUCCCUCUUUUUUCCUUCAAUAAUAUGUAUAACUCUGCUAUCCUUUUUUUUAGAAAAGAUCCCCGCUAUCUUUUCUAUAUUAAUUAUCACUCUAAUACCCAAAUCACAUAUUGAUUUUCUCUUGACUUUCUCUGUUCUCUUUCUCGC